AUGGCACCCUCACCGACGCAGCAAAUCCUGCUCAGUCCAGCAGAGCUCUCCUACCUCCACAGCUCCCUCUCCCUCACCCCACCAAUCCGCCCCGACAGCCGCGCACCUUCUCAAUUCCGGCCGCUAAUCGCAGAAAGCAAUAUCCUGCCAGGUACCAAUGGUAGUGCGCGGAUAUGUUUCGCGGACGGCACGGAGGCAAUUGUUGGUAUUAAGGCUGAAGUCGAGAGGUCUCGUCCGAGCUAUAGUAUUGUUGGUGAGGAGGUGGAUGGUGAAGGCGGGAAGGAAGGAGAGAAGGGCUUGAAUGAGUGGGUGGAGAUUGCGGUCGAGAUUCCGGGAUUUAGGGAUGAUGAUUCGAUGCCGGUAUUUCUGAGUGCGUUGCUUGGGGAGGCGCUAUUGGCGGAUGGGGGGUUUACGAAGAGGCUGUGGAUCAAUGAGAGGUUUCAUUGGAAGUUGUACCUGGAUAUCUUACUGCUAUCACAGCCGCUAUCCUAUCCUCUUCCAUUACUUUCACUUACUACCCACUUGGCACUGCUCUCUACCAGACUCCCGAAACUGAAGUCGGAAGGCGAUGAGGAUCCGCUGUUCGACGAUGACUGGGAUGCUUCCGUCUAUGUGUAUCCUCGGGAUUCACAAGCUGUACAUGCUCGGCCGCCGGUUACGCUACUUGUCAUGGCUGUGAAAGACAACAUCAUAUUUGAUCCGAGUAAAGAGGAGCUUGCAGUUGCAGAGGUGGUUCUGGCUGUAUCCGUUGGAGAAAGGUCACAGGGUCGGGGUGGAAGUGGCAUGGAUAUAGACGGAAAGGCGAGGGAUUUGAGAUUAUUGUCGGUUCGGACCAUUGACCCACCAUCGAGGCUGACGGCUCCUGGUGUGCCCAAUGCCUUGAAUACGGCUACAGGAGGAGCUGCGGCCAUGACAGAGCAAGCUGCGAGUCAGAGGGAGACGAUGGAGGAUGAGGGAGUAUGGCAACCACCUAGAGGAGGUGCAAAGAGGAAGUUAAUAGCUGCUAUGAUCCAGAAAGUACUAGAACAUGGAGGGGUAGCUGAAGAGGUAUUAGACGGCCUUGAUGCCGUUGAGUUGGGUUAG